UCCAUUACCACUUACCCGCCGAAAUUUAAACGUUCUGAUAUACAAUAACAGCAGCAGCAGCAGCAACAACAACAAGUGUCAAACUGUCGGUUGACAUCGUGAAGUAACAUAAAAUCAAACCAAAAGUUUUGGUUUACUGGUUGAAAUGAUUAGAAGCACAUCUGAAAGCCAUGGCUCUUCAUUGCUAAUUGGUAAUCAGCAUAGCAGCAAUAGAGAUGGGUACAGUGAUUUUUCUCAGAUGAGUGACCACCCGAUUGAGCAAGCUGAUUGGUAUAAUGUUAAUUCAAAACUCAGGCAGUUUGGAUAUGACCCUGUUAUACUUACACAUGUUAGUAAGCUGAAUAGCACUGCUUCAGGGUUUGUCAUCCUCGAUGAGGUGGUUGCUAGUUCUUUAAGAAUGACAAUAGACAAUCUUCUAGACGACUGUGAAAGAAAACGAGAUCUUUUGAAGGAGCUUGUCACAUCUUCUAACCAAAUACAAAGAGACCUUGAUCGUGUUCGAAAGAGCCAUGAAGAUAAUGUCAAGGAGAUUUUAUCCCUGCAAGCUUCUCUGCAAGCAGAAAAGAUCAAAUGUGAGGAAAUGGCAAGGCAAAGGGAGGUAGAGUUGCACAGUCAUUCAGAGGAGGUUCAAAAGCUCGUGGCCGCAAACUCAAAGCUACAGACAAAGUUGAAAGAGCAAAAGGCCAAUGUUGUCAUACCAAGUUUUCGACCCAAGGCACAUGAAUUGCAAGAGGUCCCUGAAGAAAGAUCAAGAAAGGCAGAAGAGAGAAAAGAAACAGAAAAGGAAGAUUCGAGAAAGUCAGUUGAUGAAAUAAAUAACUAUGAUGAAAAAGUCUUGAAAAUGGAAGAGGAACUAGAAAGGUUAAGGAAAAAAUCUGUAAGAAAAGGUGAAGGUAAAGGGAAAACGAAGUCCUGUAAAGAUCUUCAAAAGCAGCAUGAAAGAGGCAGAGCUAAAAGAAGCAUCGACAAGAUAUCAUACGGAGACUCUGUCAGUAGUGAAGAGGGCCAAGCAUAUUCCGAGCUAACAGAAUCUAUGGACACUAUGAGUUUGACAUCAACGAUCUCGUCUGGUAUUAGCGAUGCUGGGUUUUUAUACAAGCGUUUGAAGAUUACAGAGAAAAAGUUCAAGGAAGCAAAAAAGUUCAUUAAAGAGCUUUCUGAAGAAAAUGGAAAGCUGCUUGCUGAACUGGAUAAAAGGCCAAAAGUAAAAGAGUGGAAGAAAGCAUUGGUACGAAAUAAACAAAUGGAAAACGUUCUACUACAAAAUAACUUGAGCCCCACUUUAGAUGCAUCUGAACCGAAUCUAAGGAGAUGCAAUCAUGUUGAUGACAUCGAUUUCUUCCCAAUCGAUGUCUGCAGACAGCAUCUUAAGGCAAUUUGCAAUCGUAUCGAUGUUACCAACAUCAAUGAUAUAGCACGAAAGCUGGAUACUCUAGAAGAGUCUCUUAAUGCAAACUACAGGAUGGAAAAGGUAUUAAGAAAUUUGCUGAAAACAGUUAGAUCACAUGAAAGAGAUGUGGCCGAUGAUGUAUCAGUUUGCUCAAGUAGGGCUGAAAAUGGAAGAAUGGCUGGUGAAGAACAAUGGAAGUGUUUGGUGCCCACCAUUAAGGUCUGGAGAGAUGAACUACGACAACUGAGGGAUCUAGCAGAGGCCAUAAAUUUCCUCUCGGACAAUCUUCUACCAUGGAAGCAGAAAGACAGUAAAAAGUCACAAAGCCAUGCCGUUAGUGGUAAGGUCUCAAUGGAAACAAUAAGAAUUCAGAUCAGGUCUCUGGCGGAUGAAUGCAAGACGGGUCCAAUAAAACACAGUCGGGGUUUGCCGAGCAAAGCGGACUUGCAGAAUGUCGUGGAGCAUUUCAUGAAGCUUUUCGAUGUGGAAAAUGUGGCAGGGACAUUUGCCAGGAUGAACGAUAUUUACGUGCGGAAUUCUGAAAUGGUAAACGUGCUGCACACAUUGAAAGAUCUCCUGGGUCUUGAAAAGAAUGCCAAUUCUGCAACAAUUGUCAAUGCUGUUGGAGCCCUAGCAAAAGCCAAACACCUUCUGCAUAUUGACGACUUGGAUGCUGUGAUCAAGCAGCUGGAUCAGUAUGAUGAUUUCUAUAUUGCUUUUAAAUCGGUGAUCUCGGAUCUCAUGGAAGUCUUAGGCAUCGACGACGUCGAUGAGAUUUUGCCAGCAGUACGUGCCCUUGUGCGUUUCCCUUGAAUUGCGGAGGAGAUCUGGAUCACGCAGUUUAAAAAUUGUAGAUUUGUACUGUUACGUUGUGCAUUUUAUCGUGUUUAUAAAUUUGUUCAUUAAUAUUUUUAUAUAAAACAAGUAUAGCA